CACACCUUCCAGAGGAGAGACCAUGUGGAGAUUCCUCAGUCUGACCCAGUUUAACUACAGCUGUGAAGUCAUUCAAGCUGCGUCCCGCUUUCGUGUUGAGAAGGUUUCAGAUCCUGACUCAGAUGGAGGAGGACGGAUCAUUUCAUCUAAGUUCAUAGACACAACUCCUCCUGAUGUGAAGAUGUUUCCAGAGAACUAUGAAGUUCAGACCAACAUCAUUGUAACGUGUCUGGUCUCAGGCUUCUACCCAAACAACAUCACUCUGAAUAUGAAGAGGAACGGCCGUAUUCUAACCAGAGAGGACGGAGUGAAGAGUUCAGGAGUUUGUUCAUAUGAAGACGACACCUUCCAGAGAAGAGACUUUGUGGAGAUUAAAACAUCAGACACGUCUGAUUUCUGCUGUGAAGUCAUUCAUGCUGCAUCUGGUUCACGAGUUGAGAAGUUUUGGUAUCAUCAUCUUCCUCCUCCUCCUCACUCUGGUGGAGCUGGAGACGACGUUGGUGCAGCGAUAGGAGUCCUGGUUCUAUUCCUGGUUCUAGUUGUGAUGCUGGUGCUGGUCGGCUGGAAGAAAAGACGCAUCCUUGAAGCUGCCAAUAGAUGCAGAACAGGAGCUGCUGCUAAUAAUCCUUCAGGAAACUACUCCCCAGAUCCUACAGAGGUGGUUGAAGAUCUUCCUCCAGGUGGAGAGCCGGCUGCUGCAGCUCCUCCUCCACCAGACAAUGACAACACAACAAACCAUCCUGAGGCUGAGAGUCUCCUGGAAGAAAAGGUCCAGGAUCAGUCUGACGUCUCCAUAAACACAGAAUCCAUCCAUCAGUGAGCAGGAGACUAAGACUGAGACGUAAAUGAAAACUAAAUCUGAGCCGAACAAUGUGAAGAGAAGGAGUUUAAAGUUUGAUGUUAAAGAAGCGUUUCCAUGCAGUUGGACUUUCUCCAGUGUGUGUGGUGUUUGUUGGUAGUAAAACAUUUAAAGUGUGACUACUGGGACGGCCUGUGGUGCGUUCACUGCACAUCUACAGCUCCAGUGGUCAGAGUUCACUUGUGUCUCAUGUCUCUGAAACACUAAGGAGUUCAGAGUCCUAGAGUCAUAAGAGCAGCUCCAAUCAGCAUCAGUAUCAAUAUUUAUGAGCUCAGGGUUGAAGCCUCGUAGCCUCCACUGAUUCAGACGCUGCCAAAGCUUCAUCACAUUAUUAACAUUUAUUCAGUGAAUUCAUUUACGUCUGAAACACACUGAGCUCUAGUUUUAGCCAAAAGGAGCUUCCAAAAAAAAAAGACAUUUUCUGUGAUUUAUUUAGACAAUUGGCAAAGAGAAAACAUACAGCACUGACUUCUGAUGCCUCUCACCCAGUGCCUGGCUCACCUGUCACUUUCUGUUUAUGACCUCACCUGGUGUGCACCAGUUACCUGAUGCCUUCAAAAUAAAAGCACAAACAAAUAAUCAAAACAAACAGAAAUACUAAUGUUAAACAAAUAAAACAAAGAACUAAUAUUUAAACAGGAUUAAAAAGAAUAACAAAUAGCUCCAACAACACACAAAGAGAUUUGUUAGUACCACUAUGACACAUGUCUGUAUUAUUGUUUAUUAAAGUAUUGACUUGUAUUCGUCAUCUAGAGAAAAGCUGCUCAUCUCUCCCCUUCAGUGUGUCUGUCCCACAGCAGAGAAAUUGCAUUAAUGGAUAUGUUUUUAUUCUUUGUGAACUUUUGUUUUCCAUAAUGUAAGGGACCUUCUUUGUUGGGGAAACCUUCAAUUUCAGAUCACUGGGUUUUAUAUUU